CCACCCUACCUCGUUUAUUGCAAGUUGAUUGCAGCAGACAGGCUUUGUUUAACUGCAGCCGGCUUCCGAUUGCACACCUUGAUUUUUAAGAGUCACCAUGUCUACUGGGUAAUUGGAGCGAUUAUUGGACUAAUUUCACUGUGACUUUAGUUCCAUCUAUUAGAAGCGGGUCUUAUUUCGAGUAUGGAGUAUUAGCUAAGAAAAGGUGCAAUAGGUUAGCCUAUUUUAGCCAGUGAUUCUAGAUGACUAAACUCAACUGCAUGGCGAAGGAAGUAGUUCUAGACCAGCGACUGAGACGGUCCAGGUGUGGACUCAAAUCUUGUGCGUCUGUGGAAACAGCAGCUCGCUGACAGUUACUCUCUUGUGGACAGAUCUAUGUAAACCUAACUGGUACCAUAGAACUGUAAUUAAGCAGCUGGCCAAUUACGCAAGCCUUUAGUUCUGGUUAAUCGAAAUGAGCUGACAGUCAGAAGUUCUAUGAACCAGAGGCAGGAGGAUCAGGCCAGGGGGAGUGCUGGGCAGGAUAAGGUACACAUGGCAGUGGUAGGUAAAAAUGACUUUGCAGUUCUCAACACCGGGAGGAAAAUGCCUCUCCUCGGUCUAGGAACAUGGAAGAGCGAACCUGGCAAGGUAAAACAGGCAGUGGUGUGGGCUUUGCAGGCUGGUUACCGUCACAUCGACUGUGCUCCCAUCUAUGGCAACGAGGUGGAGAUUGGCGAGGCUCUGCAGGAGACACUUGGCCCUGACAAAGCCCUGAGGCGAGAGGAUGUGUUUAUCACCUCUAAGCUGUGGAACACACAGCAUCACCCAGAGGAUGUUGAGCCCGCUCUGCUGAAGACACUGAAGGAGCUGAGGCUGGAGUACCUGGAUCUCUACCUCAUCCACUGGCCCUAUGCUUUCCAACAAGGUGACGCUCCUUUCCCUAAGUCAGAGGACGGCACCCUGCUGUAUGACGACAUCGACUACAAGCUGACUUGGGCUGCCAUGGAGAAGCUGGUGGGAAAGGGCAUGAUCAGGGCUAUCGGCCUGUCCAACUUCAACAGCAGACAGAUAGACGACGUGCUGUCUGUAGCCAACAUCAAACCCACUGUGCUCCAGGUGGAAAGCCAUCCGUAUCUGGCUCAGGUGUUGUUGCUGCAACACUGCCGGGACAGGGGCCUGGUGAUGACAGCGUACAGCCCACUGGGGUCACCGGAUCGGGCAUGGAAGCAUCCUGACGAGCCCGUCCUCCUGGAUGAACCAGCCAUCGGCACCUUGGCCAAGAAGUACAACAAGUCCCCAGCACAAAUUAUCAUUAGAUGGCAGACGCAGCGAGGAGUGGUGACGAUCCCUAAAAGUGUGACAGAGGCUCGGAUCAAAGAGAAUAUCCAGGUGUUUGACUUUACCCUUGCAGCAGAAGAGAUGACGUGUAUAACAUCAUUGAACAAAGGCUGGCGCUACAUUGUACCAACCAUCACAGUUGAUGGGAAGCCCGUCCCCAGGGAUGCAGGACAUCCACACUACCCCUUUAUUGACCCCUACUGAGUAAAUCCCCAACUGCUGCCCACUUGUGCCUUGGGAACCCCCUCCCCUUCCUCAACCCCAUCCUAGGCUGUGUCCCAAUUCAAUUAAAUAGCUUCAUUUUGUCAUAAUCCUCCUGAGUGACAACUGAUUUGAGAAGUGUUUUUUUUAGGGGAAAGAAGGUUGGUAGAAAAAGUCCAGCUCCUGUCAGAUCAGUCGUCAUGGUGGUGGGGUGGCGGGGAAAGAGUGCUUUAGAGUGUAUUAGGACAUAGCAUCUGUGUUCUUCGUAAUAAAAAUGUUUUGUUACUGCCCUUGAA